CCUAUCGGUCGUGACUUCGCGUUGAGGCGUUUCUGUGACAAGAACAACAAAUCGACCCCGCCCACCCUUGCACGUCACAAUGGCAGCGAUCCCCGCACGCAGAGGCGUAUCCGCCCUGCUCUCGGCCUCGUCACCCAGAACAGCCUCAAUUGCCAAUCAGAUACAGCAACGGAGCUUCUCUUCAUCCCCCAUCUUCGCCGCAUACGCGACCGCACCAAGACCAGCAGCGACAAGCACGACUAGCACAACCGGUACCUCCACAGCCGCGAAACCAACGACCACAACAUCGACCGCAGCGAAACCUGCAACCACAGCUACCACACAGCGAACAGUCCAACCGCAGUUUGUCGCCAAAGAACCGCCCGUACCAACAACACGUAAUGCCACAGCAGAGACCGCAGCGUCAGCAGCCCGUAAACAACGUUCGCUGACCGACGGACUCUCCGAUGCCCCACCAGAGCUCGAAGGCGUACCAGCGAUAGACUGGACUCGGUCAUACCACGGUCUUGGCUCUGUAUCUUUCACACCGGAACAAGGAGAAUUGCUGCUUGCGCCCAUUACACAGGAUGACGUGGAAGUGAAGCCCGAUGGUAUCAUAUAUCUACCUGAGAUCAAGUACAGGCGGAUAUUGAACAAGGCGUUUGGACCUGGAGGCUGGGGACUCGCACCCAGAGGCGAGAGUAUUGUCACGGGAAAGUUGGUGACGAGGGAGUAUGGACUUAUUGUGCAGGGACGUCUCGUCUCCAUCGCCCGUGGCGAACAACAAUACUUCGACCCCGACGGCAUCCCCACUGCGACCGAAGGCUGCAAAUCAAAUGCCCUGAUGCGAUGUUGCAAAGACCUUGGUAUUGCGUCUGAACUCUGGGAUCCGCGCUUCAUUCGGGAGUUUACGAAUAAGAUGACAAAGGAAGUGUGGGUGGAGCAUACGAGCACGAAAAAGAAGAGGAAGAUUGUGCUGAGGAAGGACGAUACAGCCAAGUAUCCGUACAAAGAGGUGAAGUUGUAGAUGUGCUCUGAGUUACGUUGGGGAGCAUAUGGCUGGAAGGCGAUAGACCCAAUCUUAGAUGUCUCAGGCGUAGAACCCGCACACAGCCAGAUGUGGGUGUAUACUAUGUUGUAACAUCACCAGGACAACAAGUCCUACU